AUGUCAGAGAUACCAACUGUAAUCAACGAUUCACAAAGUAGUGAUAAUGAUGAACUAAUUUCCCAGAACAUUAAUCCUUCUUCUUUUAAUAUACUUGAUAAUAGUAAUACCAAUACUUUAUGUUUAUUAAGUCAUUCAGAUAUAUCGUCAUCUGAAGAAAAAGAGGAACUCGAAGAAGAACAUCAUGCUAUAACAGAUAAAAUAACACUAAGCAAUCCCAACAAGAAAAAUGACAAUUCUAUAAUGGAAAUGAUCUCCAAUAAAAAAAAGGACUCUACACUUAGUACAAAAUAUAACACUGUCCCUACCACUCGAACUCAAAAGUUUGAUUUAAAUUACAAACCUUCCAAGUUAAAACAAGUAGAUAUCCCGUCUACUUUUGAUAAUAAUUUACUAAAUAAAAUUAAUAAAAUUAAUAAAUUUCAAAACGAUCAAAUUAAACAAAAUACUAAACAAAAGGACAUAUCCGUUCACACCAAUAAUACCAAUUUCAAGUUCAAUUUCAUAUCAAAUAUCUUUCUUAACCCUCCAAGCUUAAAUUUAUCGUCCCUAUUCUAUGACGAUCAUUCGUUUAAUAUUUUUAUUGAAAACUGUAUACCUUUAUUGAAAUCAGAUUAUGAUCAUAUCUUUAAUGAAAUUCAUGUUGAAAGCAACGCAGAUUAUAACGCUUCUAUAAUCCCCAACAUUAUGGUGCUGUUAAAACUUUAUUACACUACUAUUGCCAAAAAACCAGAUAUUGCUUUAUUAGUCAAAUUAUUAUUUCUAUUAAGUAUGGAUGAACAUUACAAUACAGGUCAAUAUAUCAAUCCCGUAAAAUAUAAUGACUUUUUUAUUAGAAACCAGAUUUUAUCUCAUAUCAACAAUAUCUGGAAAUUAAUAGACCAACAUAUAGAGUCCGCUCAAACCCUUGCACUCAGCCAAUUGAAGAGUUGGCAAAUGUACUUGAUAUGCAACCAUUUCCCUGAAUUCAAAGCCAUUUUUUAUGGGAAAAUGUUCAAAAAUGACGAAUUUUUUUUAAAUUUCCUUUUAUUUGAUUUAUUACAUAAAGAAUUAUGGAUUGAUCUACUUUACUACACAAUUACUUUUCUACCUACUGUAUCAGAUAUCAAAAGCUCCAGCAAUGUUUUGAAAACAGAAUUAUACCAAUACACCGGCUACAGCAUCACAAACAAUGUGGAAAUAUCAAUUUUAAAGCAGUAUAUUAACCUUUACAUUAACACACCCAAAUGA